GUGAAUAUUUCUACCAACGAUAAAGACUUGGAAAUUAAAAUACAUGCCGAAAAUAUUAAAGAACAACUCAAAGUUGUGGAGUUGUCUCCAUUUAAAAUUGUUGGAGAAUAUUUUAAUGAAAUACCCACCAGUAAUGACAUCCGCAUAAUCGUACAAACGCCCGCUACUGAAGCGUCCCUUUCUACGGAGAGUAUUAUCAAUGCUGGUUUGAAGAUGCAAAAAAUGGAUGAAUAUAUAGUAACCAUGUAUAAGUAUAUCGAAAGGCCUCAUAUACGAUUGUUCAUUCGAGACAGAAUACAAAAUAAUUUAGAUGCUUUUAUGAGAGAAAGCUCUCGUCCAAAUGACUAUCAAGGAAUUAGUAUCUCAGGUGGCUCUGGCACUGGAAAAACGCGGCAUGGAUUUGAGGCGAAAAAUAUGAUCAGCGAUUUUGAUGAAAUUGGUGAUGGUAGUUUUAAAGUCAUUCAUAUAUUUACUCAGGUUGAUUUUUCUAUUGUUAAUUUUGGUGAAUAUCCUGCACUUGAUCCAUCUACAAAACGUUAUCCUCACAUUGUAGAACAUGAAAAGCUUGUAAGUCAGCAUUUGGCGUUAGCAAUUGCGACUUAUUUGUUUACAGAAAACUACAAGCCACGGUCUUUAUCACACUUCAAAAGUUUGGCAGGAGGCUUUGCUAUGGACUUACCAACGGUUCUGCUAGCAGUUCGGCAAUUCUGCCAAAUGCUUGAGAAAACAAAACUUUUAAUACUUUUGCAAUUGGAUGAAUACCAACGCGACCAAUAUUUAACAACUGUUAUUUUGCGCUUUAUCUCUACUCUCGUUUCCGAUGCAAAAGUCAAACAGCUUAAUGCUUUAAUUGUACCUAUUUGCACAGGUACAGCCCCAACGAAAAUCGAAGAAUUAGAUAAUCCAGGUCACCCCAGCGUGACUAAUUAUAUGAUUUAUGACAUACAUAUGUCGCCUAUGGGUAUGAAAGCAUCUCUUGACUUUAUGGAUUCUAUAAUAGAAUAUAGAACAAAAAAAAUCAAUCCAAUCCCGCGUGAAGAUCCAUUGUAUCGUAUCUUGAUUGGUGCCGUUGGAGGAAUUGCGGUUAUUAUGGAACAGUGCGCUGAGGAACUUAUCAGAAUGAAGGUUUCUUUUACUUCGGCAGAACAAGCCAGAGAAAUUUGGAAAGUUCUUGUUGAAUGGCUAAAGAGGAGAUAUACACUUAAGAACUGGUUAGAUAGUAUUGGAGGGAGAAAACAUCCUGAAGAUAAUAAAGAAGUCAAACGUAGACAUGCCGUAUUGAAGCUGAUGUUUUGGGUGCAUACUCAAAAGCUAAUCACCAAGGACACUGCUCUGAAUAACAGUACCAUAAGGGAUCAUGAAGCUGGGGGUCUUAUUUAUUUAGAGGCGGUUGAUGGCACUCACUAUAAGAUCAAAGCUCCUCUUAUAUUAAUAGCAUCUCUUGUUUCACACUUAAAAUUAGGUUUCUUUGAUGAUAUUAUUUUAGAUCCAUUGAGACGGCUAGAUGAAGACACCUUCCCAAUAUUCAUUAUACAUAUGCAUCUGAUAACAUACAGAUUGGCGGCAAUGAUUGGAAUUCGUAACAUGACUAUUAAAGAUAUUUAUUUUGGGUACAUCAUGGCAUCAGAAGAAACAUUAUCUAGGACAAUUAAUAUUCAUCCUAAUGUGGAAUAUAAAGCGGCACCCAUCUUAGAAAUGAGAAAAAAUGAUCCUAAACAUCCUUUCACAUAUAACAAUUUAACAACCCGUGAAAAGGUAUCUGUUAUUGCAGAUACUAAUAGUGAUAGGAUAGAAACUGUAGACACCACAACAGGUCAUUUUAUUGUGAUGACUCGUAAACGUAGUAAGUCAGCAGACGCUUUAACACCACAUGCAGAUGAGCAGUAUAAAUUCAGUGCUGCUAUAGCAUCAGGUCACCCUGUCCAUAAAACAUCUACAGGUGAUGUUGACCUGAAAGAGUUUAAAACGGAACUAGAGAAGGCUAAGGGUUGUGAAUGCUUUGUCUUGCUUACUAUAAAGCGGUUUUUACAUGGAGUUAACGAGCUUCCCCCAAAAUCUGGCAUCGUGUUUGGAGAUCGGCUUUUGGGUUUUAUGGGAAUAUACGGAGACUUAACAAAAUUUAUUGCAUUGUCCCCUGAAGAAGAGUCGAAGAAGGAAUUAGAAAGGAUGGUUAUUGAUUAA